AUGAGCCCUUGUGCGCAGGACGGCUACACACUGCCCAUUGGCUUCACCAAUCCGAACUGGGAAUCCGCCAUACUCUACAACACGGUGGCUUCGAUUCUCAUCGAGGAGAUCAUUGGCUUCAACACGAAGCUAGGGCCAUUCUCAUCCAGCUCCACGGGUACCUUCGAUAUCGCCGCCGACGACCCGACAGUCCACGUUGCCCAGGAGCUGUGGGAUUAUGCGCUGACUGCGUACGUGGCAAGCUACCCAUGUUUCAACGCAGCAAAUCCGGACAAGGCCCUGGACCGAGUGAAGGCAUUGGACUAUGCAGGGACAGACGGCAUGUACAUCUUCCCAAAAACUUAUGAGCCAUACUACGCAGACACGGGCAAGUCACUUGAGUUCUACAAGGACCUCAAUGUCAGUUGGGGCAGCUAUCAGAGCUACUUCUCCGACAUGUCGGUCUUUACCAACCCUUCAGCCUUUGAUGACUGCAGUCACCCAUCAGCGGCAUCCGACGGAAUCAUGGACGACUACAUCAGGUUCACAGGUGAUGUGGAUGCCAUUGUCACUGUCAACGGGCAGAGGAAGUGGAUUUGCUACCAGGAGAAGUGGUGGAUGUCGCCAGCCUGCCGGGAUGCGCCGAUGACCUGUGCGCCCAUGAUCACGAACUCGUUCUGGUCUUACAACCCGUCACGACAGAAGGCUGCUGUCUACAACAUCGCCAUGUCCAUCGCUAACACUGUCGCGUAUGGCGAUUACACAUCAAUGCCGAAACAGCAUAGAACCUUCUCAUACUGGUGGUCACCAGACAUCACGUUCAAGGCAGACGGGGCCGUGAAGGUGAUAUUCCUCCCGUACAGAGAAGAUGAAUACCAAAUUGGGAAGUUCAUCACCGACGUGAACGACGUCCCAUUGCUGUCCUAUGCGCAUAAGCAGCUGGGAACUGCAGCGCCAGCCGUCCUGUCUAUGCUGGGCGAAAUGGCCAUCUACAAGCCUGACGUGGAUUGGCUGCUGGAAGAGGUGGUGUUUGGAAGAUCACAGGGUGACUUGCACAUGAUCAUCGUUCUGUGCGUGAUUGGGCGGUUGGGUGAUGCCGACGCGCAGUAUGCAGCAGCAUGUCAGUGGGUGAAGGACAACGAGGCUUGCACCCGGCCGGAUAUGGCUUGCCCGGUGGAGACGGUGGAUUCCAAUCGCGACGGCAUGCAAGCGAACGGCUACGGCAUGGUGUCAGAGUUCGGGGAGUUCGUGAGUACACGCUUGCCCGAUGCUGCUGGAUGUGCACUGUGUGUGCCGGGACGAUUUGCGGAUGCUUACUCAGACAACGAUGGCAACUCAGCCAUCUGCAACACCUGCCCCCAGGGAGCAGCUCAAGACCGCGGCGCCCAGACAGCCUGCGAGCAGUGCGAAGCCGGAACCUACAGUUUGCCUACAGGUACAAGGUGUGCCCGGUGCGGCAGAGGCACCUAUCAGCGCAACGUGUCCCAGACAAGCUGCCUCAGCUGCCUUGAGCCACAGACAACUUCGACUGUUGGCUCCACUUCACAGGAAGCCUGCGUCUGUCCCGCGGGCACGUUCCGUCCGUGCCACGACUUCGACAAUGACGGUGCGAUUCGACCGGAGUGCCAAUGCGAUAGAUCGCUGUAUGUACCAGCGUCUAGCAUUGGACAGCGAUGCUUGCCAUGCCCGGAAGGCAUGGAGUGUCCGGAGGGCUCCGAUGAGCAGUUUUUCCCUUGUUCAGAGGAGGAGAUUCUGAACUCCACUGCGUUCAGCUAUCCUGUGCCACAGGAAGGCUACUUCGUGGAGUGGAACGAGCCGUUGUGGGUCUUCAAGUGCGUUGACCUGGACUCCUGCCCGGGUGGCAUGGCCUCGCACUGCGGAGAAGGCUUGCAGGGAGCCGCUUGCGGUGCCUGCGCAGCAGGCUUCUACAAGCAAGCAGGCACCUGCUACAAAUGUGGAGACAUGGAGAAGCAUCCCCUGUUCCUCAUCAUCCCGCUUCUGCUGUCGCCGGUCGCCAUUCUCGUCCUGUACAAGGUGUCGCAGGAUGACGUGGGAAAAUGGGGAAAGACGACACAAGGUUUCGGUGGUAUUGGCUACCUGCUUCUGGUAUAUGUCCAGUCGAUUUCCGUGAUCCUGGCCGUCUUCCCCACGGUUCCAGCGAUGUUAAGCUCAGGCUUGAGCUGGAGCGGGGCCAGCGCAGAGAUCACGUCUCUAUUCCGCAUCGAGUGUGCAGGCCCUUCCAAUUUUACGGAAAACUUCCUGUUCAACCUGUUUCUGCCAGAGAUCGUCGGCGUGAUCUUCUUCUUGACUUGGCUGAUAGCCCGAUUCAUCCCGAAGAUCCGCAUGGACGGCGACAUCGUCCUGGGUUGUUUCGGAGGCAUUCUGAAGACCUUCUUCGUCACUGUCGCAUCCAAGUGCUUCUCAUUGUUCCAAUGCUACAGUCAUCCGAACGGCAUGCGGUCAAUGCGGUCGUCGCCCGAGGUACUGGAGCACUCGGAUGUGUGGCUCAGCAUGGUCGGCUUUUCGGCGUUCGCCAUUCUGCUCAACUGCCUCACUCUUCUCGUGGUCUUCGGGUGGGCGAUGUGGGUUGCCCCUGCAAGGUUUCACAUAGUGUCUUUCCGUCGGCGCUGGAAAUUCAUGAUUCAGAAGAUGAGGCCGUCCGUCCAUUGGUGGAUGAUGGUCAUCCUGAUCAAGGGCUUGUGGUUGGCACUGACAUCAGUGCUGUGGAACACCACGAUGGCCCAGUCGCUUUGGAUCUGUGCAGGCCUUCUGGCUUACUUCACUGGCAGCUACGUUCUGCUGCCAUGGCGAAGCGUCUUUGUGGCCAUGCUGGACAUCGGAACCCACGUCUCCAUCUUGUUGCUCUGCCUGCUCCUCCCGUUCCUCUUGACAUUCAAGCCCGAGGAGUCUGAUGUAGCUUCGAUGUUCUUCCUUAUUUUGGCCGGUCUCUCCUUCCUGGCCGUGACGACCAGCAUCCUCUGGAUCCUUUACAAGGCCGUGUGGCCUGGCUACAAGCGCAGAAGGGAGAAGAGCUUGAACUUCUAUGCAAAGCGGAUGGCCGAGGUCUUCCCGUAUGCCACGGACCCCCGCAUGCUCGCCGACCUCAUGUCGGAAAUUCCGGCAUUGGACAUUGUGAACUUGAAGUAUGUUGCAACGAUGAUGUCGGCAGAAAUCCUCGACAAUCGUGUGCCUGGGCGCCUUGUUUGGCAAGAGGCCAGCCCCACUUGUCGUCCGCCAUGCUGA